GUUACAAGUGUUUAAAAAAAUGUCUGUUUUGGCGUGUUUAUUAUUUGAUUUCUAACGUUUUUUUGAGUUUUGAAAAAUCGUUUUAUUUUAGUUUUCCGGUCCGGAGAAAAUUAAAAAUUAAAUUUCAAAUGAAUAGUCUGUUCAUUAAAUUUAGUUUUCGCGAAUUCGCGAUGUUAAUUUUAAGUUGUGGUUCGUUUUAAAUUCAAUUUCGUAGUCUUCUUCUUUAUUCUGUGUAACUUAUGACCUGAGAAUGGAGUCCUCAGCCGAAAUUACCGAUCUAGAUUUACAGUUGGCUCUGAAACUGAAAGCUAAGUAUCCGGAACAUUUUCAAAAUCUAGUUCGAAUGCAUCUUUCAUUUGCUUUGGAUUUGAAUAUAGACGAAUGUGAUGAUGCGGGUGAUAAAAUCAAAUCAAAUCCCACAAAAUGGGGGUUCGGUAAAAAAGUCAAAGGAGCGCUUAGAGAUUCGCCUGAAAAUAACGCUCUAACAGAAGCUGGUAUUUCAAGAAUGCAUAAAUUGAUAUUAUUUUUAACUCGAGAAGAAAAUAUAUGCCAAGAAGGUAUAUUUAGACGAACGGGUGCUCUAACUCGUCAAGUACAAUUGAAGACAUGUUUAAAUGAAGGCAUGAGUGUAAAUUUUGACGACAAUAAUUUUUCUGUUCACGAUUGCGCAUCUGUGUUGAAAACUUUUCUAUCAGAACUACCAGAACCACUUGUUACCGAUUUGUAUUACCCAUUAUACUGUCAAAUUUCCGAAUGGUCUAAAUGCAAUGAAUUUGAAGCCAGAUUGUUGAGAUCUUUACAAUUAUUAAUCCUUUUGUUACCUGAAAAUAACGCUUUAUUGUUGAAACAUGUAAUAGAUCUAUUACAUACGACAGCUAAAUAUGCGAGCCAGAAUAAAAUGUCGGCUGAAAAUCUGGCAACAUUAUUUACUCCCCAUUUACUGUGUCCCAGAAAAUUAACCGGUGAAGCUUUACAUACAAAUACUCAAAUGUUAUACCAAAUUGUCGUAUUCAUGAUCACGUCUGGAUGCGAAUUAUUCAAAAUACCCGCCGGUCUCGCUGCUGAUAUUCGACUUUAUUGGCAUGACAAAGAGAAGAAAAAAUUAUCUCCAAGAAAUUGCUUGAACGAAAGUACGGCGGAUAGCUGCGUUGUUAAUACUGUAUUUAGUUUUGUUGAUCGUGAAAAAACCGCUCAAGAAAAUGUAAUCAAUCCCACCGAAACUGCGUUAGCUCAAUUAUACGCUCAUAUUCAAUCACUUCCUGAAUCAUCGAAGAAACGUAAACUCGUUAAACAAUUUAAUAAAGAAAAUGGAUACGGGACGCCAAAGAGAGUACUUUUAAAUAAUAAUGAUAAACCACAUUCGUUGACUAAAAAUAUUAGCGAUUCUUUGAAGAGGCACAUAUUCAGUAAAGGUAACGGAAAGCAGGAAAAAUCGUUAAAAAAUCUUCCAAAUGAUAAAUUCAUUCAACCAACUGCGACACCGGAAAGUAGGUUUAAAGCUCACCCUUUGAGGCUUUUCGAUAAAAGAUUAGAUUGUAUGGAAUGCGGAUGUUCGGAUACAUCUGACGAGGCAAAUAUUGCCAAGAAAUUGAAUUUGGAUCAAGACGAUGAAAUAAAAGAUGAGCCGGAUUGUCUAAUACGCAUGGAAAAUGGUGAAAUAAUAAACGAACGUGGAAUAGAUCCGAUACCCGAGGAAAGUAUACUUUGCACUCAGGCGUUACAAACGCCUCAGACGCAAAUGAAAAAAUCGCUUUUGGCUCGAAAGAAUUCCGUCCAUUGUAAACUAAGCACGCCGAUCGUAUCUACUCGUUUCCAAGGCACACUGACCAGUACUCCGGCACCAGUUUGUUUCACUAGCGAUGUCUCAACGCCUUCUCCGUUCUGCGGAUCCACUGAUGAUAUGUCACCUAUUACUAUGUCGGCACAGAAAAUGCCCAAAUCUAUGCAGGAGGUUAUGAUGACACCUCGAAGUCGUCAACCAGUGAUAGCCAUCUCCGGCUCAAAUACCAAUUUACUGACUAAAGGAAAACUCGACAACAGCGGCCUAGAUCAAGAUUUUAAUAAAACAAAAGAUUCCAACGAUCACUACGAAACCUGUUGCAGCUCAAAAGAGAACACCAAUUUAUCGAACCAAUCCGGAGAAUCGUUGACUGACACAUUCAGAGAAUAUUUAUACAGUAGAAGUAUGCUAACUACCAGUAUUGUUGAUAAUAGUUUUUCUAGUCGUACCGGAGAUUUCGACCCAUCAUCUGUGUCCGAAAAUAAACUAUCGGAUUCUCUGUUAUACUGCUUAGACAAUGGUACUCCUGUACCGGAAAAUAAUUGUAAAUGUUACGAUUCAUUUUCGAAUGAAAACGGUGCUGAUGACGUAAAACCAGUGCAUGAAACUGUAUUAUGAACGAAAUUACCAGUUUUACUAUCGUAUUUUAUUUCUAUUGUUUGGAGAUGAUCGAACGAUGAAAAUUAAAAGGAGAGAUUAUUAUAGUUUUGAUAAUGUAUAUUAGUUUACCAAAAUCAACGUUAUUUGUUUUAGAACGUGUAAACAGUUAGCUUUAUACUGUAAGAAUAUGUUUCAAUUAAAAAAUUCAAUUUUCAA